GCGAGCGGAAACCGCGGCUGGACCGGAGCGGCGGGGCGAGGAGAGGAGGGGAGAGGAGAGGAGAGGAGGGCAGGACAGGGCGGCGGGGCGAGCUCGGACGCACGGAGCGAGACGGCGGCACGUUUCCUGACGGCUUACGGAAGCUUUUGGAGCGGUCUCCUGUGAGAAGUCCUCCUUCCUCAGCUGGGAACAAAGAUGUGGAAAGCUUCAGCAGGACAUUCUAUAUCUGUCAGCAAGGAUGAUGAGGGUGCUGAUGACUGGGAAACCGACCCGGAUUUUGUGAAUGACGUCAGCGAGAAAGAGCAAAGAUGGGGGGCCAAGACGGUGAAAGGAUCUGGGCAUCAGGAGCACAUCAACAUACACAAGCUGAGAGAAAAUGUUUUCCAAGAACACCAGACCCUCAAGGAGAAGGAGCUCGAGACGGGACCCAAAGCAUCCCAUGGCUAUGGAGGAAAAUUUGGUGUGGAGCAGGACAGAAUGGACAAAUCUGCCGUGGGCCACGAAUAUCAGUCUAAACUUUCCAAACACUGUUCUCAAGUCGAUUCCGUGAGAGGCUUUGGAGGCAAAUUUGGGGUACAGCUAGAUAGAGUCGAUCAGUCUGCUGUGGGUUUUGAAUACCAAGGCAAAACUGAGAAGCAUGCUUCCCAGAAAGAUUAUUCUAGUGGUUUCGGUGGUAAAUACGGCGUGCAGGCCGACCGGGUGGACAAGAGCGCGGUGGGCUUUGAUUACCAGGGUAAAACGGAGAAGCACGAGUCCCAGAAAGAUUAUUCCCGAGGUUUUGGUGGCAAAUACGGUGUCGAUAAGGACAACGUGGACAAAAGCGCUGUCGGCUUUGAAUAUCAGGGCAAAACAGAAAAGCAUGAGUCCCAGAAAGACUAUGUGAAAGGGUUUGGAGGCAAGUUUGGUGUGCAGAGAGACAGACAAGACAAGUGUGCCUUGGGCUGGGACCACCAGGAGAAAGUGCAGCUCCACGAAUCCCAAAAAGAUUAUAAGAGUGGUUUCGGAGGCAAAUUCGGGGUCCAGACCGAGAGGCAGGACCCGUCUGCUGUGGGGUUUGAGUACAAGGAGAAACUGGCACAGCACGAAUCUCAGCAAGAUUAUUCCAAAGGAUUUGGUGGAAAAUAUGGGGUUCAGAAGGAUCGGAUGGAUAAAAAUGCCUCGACCUUUGAAGAUGUUUCCAAAGUUUCCUCAGUUUACCAGAAGACUCUACCGGUCGAAGCUGUGAACAGCAAAACGAGCAACAUCCGCGCUAACUUUGAGAACCUGGCCAAAGAGAGGGAACAAGAAGAUCGGAGGAAGGCGGAGGCCGAGAGAGCCCAGAGGAUGGCCAAGGAGAAGCAGGAGCAGGAGGAGGCCCGCAGGAUGCUGGAGGAGCAAGCCAGGAUCAAGAAGCAAACUCCGUCUCCUCCCCCUAGUCCGCAGCAGCCGGCGGAGCAGAGGCAGCCCUCCAGCCCCGUCUAUGAGGAUGCUGCAUCUUACGAGGCCGAAGCAGGGUACAAAGGCCGUGGCGCGGCGUAUUCUGGGCCUGAGCAGGAGUCCGAGUACACGGCCGUGCAGUCGGACUAUCAGGAGGCAGUGAGCCAGCGGGGAGUGGCGCAGGAGCCCGAGGCCGUGUACGAGACAGCCGACUCCAUGGCUCCCAAUCAAGAAGAGGAAAAUACUUACGAUGAAUAUGAAAAUGACCUUGGGAUCACAGCCAUUGCCCUCUAUGAUUAUCAGGCCGCUGGAGACGAUGAAAUUUCCUUCGAUCCCGAUGACAUCAUCACCAACAUUGAAAUGAUCGACGACGGCUGGUGGAGGGGCGUGUGCAAGGGCCGCUACGGGCUCUUCCCGGCCAACUACGUGGAGCUGAGGCAGUAGCCGGGACGGUCUCUCACGGAUGCCUUAAUGCCUGAUUUCUACACUACAGAGUCACGCCUCGGGAAGGACCGCGAGGGGAAGAUACAUCCGCUUUCAUAUUUAAUACUUUUGCUGAUGCUCUUAAGAAUGUUUAAUCCUCAGAAUUUGCUAAUAUAUCGUAAUCAUGUUUCCUUGAAGGACUUGGGUGAUGGUGUUGGAGCAUUUAAGGCCUUUUCUUUUUUGCCAAAUCGAAUGGUUCUUACAAGAAGCCACGCCGAGGCCCUUUUGUCCUCGUGCAGCAGAUUGUGCAUGAGGCCUUGGGAUGUGGGGCCCUGCCUGAGACGAGGUGCUGAGGGAGCCCUGUAUCUGCAUGUGGGCAGAGCCAGUGAGCGGCCUCCUGGGGGGCGUCCUGCUCCCUGGGGGAAGGAGGACUUGGGGAAAAGCGGGGCUCGAGGGCUUCCGACUGGAGCAGCCUCUCGAGCCUCUUGCCGUGAGUGAGACUUUGUAGACUGACUUUCAGAGAGUCUCCUCCUUCCAUCAGAAGAAGCCCACGGCGGCCAAGUGUGGAGGCUCGAGUGUGGAGGAUUUGUGACUUUUCAUUCUCUCCCCCAUCUUCCCAGCAAUCCCGACUCCAGGAGCCCGACAAGCUCCUCUCGGUUCCUUUAGAAUUAGGUGGUUCCUCUAGGUGACCCUCCCCCACCCCCGGCUGCUCGUCCACCUCUAGACCUUGGGGAGUCCCAUUCUUCACGGCUGCCGAGACGUCACCUGACAGGGCUGACAUCUCAUAACCCGAAGCUCUCCGUGGACCAGCAGCUGCUGGAGAAGACUGCUGGGCGGUCGCCAUUGCAGCCUGUCGAGGGCACAAGUGUGUGAGAGAGUGUGUGUGUGAGUGUGAGUGAGUGUGCAAGGCUGUCACCUCAGUCACUUUUCAGCCCCACGGGGCAGUCACCUCCCCGGAUGCUCAGCACAAACUGCCCCUAGCAGUUUCGCCCUCUGGGGAGGGAUGCUUCUUUGGCCUGAGCGUCCAUGGGCUGACUCGAUUAAAACCGAACUACAAAGAGGAGUCUGUGUCCCUACCAAAGACAUCGGUGGCUGCCCAGUGCGUGUGGACCGGUCUCGUGGCCGGCGCGGCCGAGGAAGACGAGCCACUUGGGAGUCUCAGCGCUGUGGACCAAUGAGAGUGGGCGUGAGCAGCGGGGUGUACAGAAAUCUCCGGGAGACCCUUGUAGAAACACCUCGGUCCUUUGGGACAAUCCUCCUCCCAGCAGGCGCCCAUGUGUCCAGUUUCCCCUCCCCCCACUUUUUUUUUCCUUAUUGUUCAAGCUUCCCUAGGACUGGGUGGGGUUUUAUACUCAAUUUAUUUUAUCCCCCUUUGUCUAGGACACUUCAUAGGUAGGAUUUUUUGUUGUUGUUGCUGUUAAUUAAAUACUCAGAAUAAAUUUUUGGAACCCCUUGGCAA